ACCAACCAGAGAGAUUGCAAACAACCCAAACGAAUCGAAUCGAAUCUAUCAACCCUAAUUCGAUCAUGGCAUCUUCAUCAUGCGCAGAGAAUGAGCAGUUCCUCUUCCGAGCUUGGCUAAUCCUUCUUGCCGUCAUUUGGACUGGCAUCGCGGUAGCCGCGUUGCUUCUGCAUGAGUACUUGGUUAACUCAAAGCAAACACUCAAGUGGCUUGACUACACCAAUACCAUCUGCUUCUUUCUCCUCUCCAUCAGAGUAUUUAUGCAUCACACCACCCUUUCAUGCCUUCACAAGUGGAGCAAGACAUUCAAAACUCUUCCAAAGCAAGUACAAGAUGACAGCGCCUUUGCCAUCGUUGACAGCAUUUCUGUCCUCUUUUUUGGGCCCACUUUGGCAUAUGCCGUUGUGAUGAAGGCGUUUACACUCGACAGCGAGGAAUACUUUGCCACUGCAAUUCCUGUGAUCAAGGCGUUCUUUCCGUACUAUAUGAUGGACCGGGCCCUUCAUAUUUGGGUGAAUCCACUUCCCCAGCGUGCCAUUCAUCACUUUGUAGAGAUCUGUGCGUUACUCUUGGUUUUGGAAUGGAACCCUUCCACGGGGAGUCUAUGUGUGCUAGUGUAUGGAGGGAUACUCGACACCUAUCUCAAACCAGUGAAUGGCUGGCACAUGGUGUGUCGGUACACCAGAAUGCAUGCACGGAACCAUCCCGAAUGGUCCAAUGGUGGUGAUGGCAGAAGUGGCAUUGACUGCUUUUUGGUUGCUGCAAGUCCAGGACAGAUGGCAUUCUUUGGAAAGAUUGCAGCCUGCUAUGCAUACUUGUUUACUCUCGUUAUCCCCCCAGGUUUGUUGGUGGCUUUUCUUGCCCUUAAUUGGCAGGAAAUAUCCUUAGGCUACAAGAUCAUGCAGCCUGUUGUGCCAGUCAUCUUCAAUCUCAUUGAUCUACCCCUGCACAAAGCAUCCUGGAACACUGGCCAGCUAUGGUACUGGCAGCAAUCAUUUGGACCUAAGAAAGAAGCUGUUGUCAAAGAAGACCCUAACUCGAUCCAGGAGUUGAACGGCAUGUCCACAACUUGCAGCACGCAACCUUGCCUCUCCACUUGCAUCUCCUUGCCGAAUAGCACUGAUGGGAUUGACAUUGAGUCUUUAGAUGACGUCAAUGUGUAACUGCUUGAUGAUGGAUAAUGUUGCGAGAUCUGGGUUCUGGGGUAGCAUUUGAUACGAAAUGUGUCUGGAUUACUAUCAGAACACGUACGGAAACAAUUCUUGUACAUAGUACAUGGAGAUAAAACUAGAACUUCUACAGUACUUUA